CCCCGCAGCGCCCCCUGCCGGCCGCGGGGCGGUGGCGGAGGCGGGGCCGGGGCGGGGCCGGGGCGAGCGGAACCGGGCCGGGGCGGCGGGCGCAGCCAUGUCCUUCUGCUCGUUUUUUGGGGGCGAGGUGUUCAAGGAUCACUUCCAACCGGGCAUCUACGUCUGUGCCAAGUGUGGCCAUGAGCUGUUCUCCAGCCGCGCCAAGUACGAGCACUCGUCCCCGUGGCCGGCGUUCACCGAGACCCUCCGCGGGGACAGCGUGGCCAAGCGCAAGGAGCGCCCGGGGGCUCUAAAGGUGUCUUGUGGCAAGUGUGGCAAUGGGCUGGGCCACGAGUUCCUUAAUGAUGGCCCGAAGAGGGGGCAGUCCCGCUUCUGAAUAUUCAGCAGCUCGCUGAAAUUCCUCCCAAAAGGCAAAGCAGAUGAGGACCUGCAGGAGAAGUAAGCGAGCUGCUCUGCUUGGCACACUGCGCUGGGGCUGAGCCUGCUGUCACGCCAGGGGACGCUCUGGCCCGUCAAGGGGGCACUGGGAGCAAGAGAAACCCUGAAGAAGCUCCUGGUGUCCCCAGGCUGGUUCCCCCAUGGGGCUGUUCCAGUCCAGGGUGCUGGGAGGAGCAAGGGGAAGGCGAAGGGGAAAAGGGGUGCUGAAGGUUUGCUGGGUGCUGGGUUGCGUGACCUGUACCUGAGUGUGUGUCACACAAACUGGGGUGAUGCAAAGGCUGCAGCUCUUUGUUUUACCCACCCUUUCCCCCAUCUGUUCUCCCCAGCAUCCUCACCUCUGCUGGUAGCAGCUACUGCUGAGUCUUUUUGGGCUCUUUUUCCAUUAGAGCAGCACGUGUGCCUGCGGUCCUGCCUCUGCUGACGGCUUCUCUGUUGACUUCAGCUGAGCCAGGACACAUUAAAACUCACACCGAUGCAAUCCAGAGUCACUCCACUGGCAUUUCCAGGGAGUGACGCUGGAUUAGCUGAGGUCAAAGUCUGGGUUAAUCUCUGGUGCUAUUCUGGGCUGGGAUCAUGGUAUGAAUUGCCCUAUAUAAACCCUUCCAGGGUGCUAGGGCAAGGAUGAUUUUAUGACCCCCCCCCCGACAGCAUCCAGAUAUUUUACCCUUCUACCCAUCCUGCACACAGCAGAGAUAGUUCCAGAUUUCCCGUGUCCUCUGGGCUUGGUUCUGACUUGGCCUUACACCAGAUUUAUCACUGUGCUAUAGACUCAAGUGGCACCAGCGGCUCCUCCGUGCCGUACACAGGUGCAGGGGAGGCCGGUAUCAGCUAAUGGACUGCGCUUUGCACAACUCAGGCUUUAGGAAUCACGUUUGCAUUCCCUCUGCACUCAGAAGGGCUGCGACACUGAUUUCUCCUUAAUUCCACAUCUGAUUCGUGGCCUUCCCUCCCUGCCCAGAAACCAAAUCCUCCUCUUGGGAAUCAAUACACAAGGAAUUUUGCAGACGGCGAAGCCUUUUGCUGGCCCGUGGGGCUGGUGGUGCAGCUCUGGUGCAACGUGUUGAUGCUGUUCUGGUGCAGCUGUGCCCAGGGUCACGUCAGAAGCUUUUCUCAAUGUGCGUUUUGCCUCAGUCUCACUGUUACAAGGGCACCAAUAAAAAGUGCAGUGCACCAGCUCUACCUGGAACUCACUGCUGGUCUUGUACCUCUUUCAAUACUGAAAAUAAAGCACUGAUUCACUGUG